AUGGCUCAGGAUAAGAAUGAAAAAGUGGCCAAAAAUAUAAGUAAUGAAUUGAGCCAGAAGAAUGUAAGUGGACGAAUGAAUCGAGCUAUGAGCAAAGCAAAGACUGAAAUGAUCCAAGAGGAUUUGGACAAACAAAUGAGUCGAGUUAUGAGUAAAGAAUUGACUCAAAUGGGCCAAGAAGAUGUGGAUGAACAAAUGAGUCGAGCUAUGAGAAAAGAAUUGGCUCAAAAAAUGAAUAAAGUAUUAACUAAAGAAGCGAAUGAAGAAUCAAUAGCCGAUGCUACCAACAUUUCAACUUCAGAAUUAUGUUAUGAUUCGGCUUUACCUGGUCGUGAAUCGGAUUGUACAAAGUAUGGUUACCUUUGUGACAAUAUUUUAUACUAUAAUUUGAUGACCUGGCAAUGUCCAGUAACAUGUGAUCGUUGUUCUGAUCUAAUUACUUCAUCACCUCGUACAGGUAAACUUACAAAUGGUACCUGUGUUGAUCUAAAAGGUUCAAAUGGUCAUUCGGAUUGUCGAAGAUAUGCAAUGCUAUGUCGAGAUCCACGUUAUGCCUCACUAAUGGCAACUGAAUGUCCUAAGACUUGCAAAUAUUGUUCGGAACAUUGA